GCUGUUCGCGGUCCGCGAGAGUGGGAAUGGGCAGGAGAGAAAUUCACCUGGAGUUGGAGAAUGGAGGGAUUUUAUUGUGUUUUUAGAACUUGUGUCGGAUUAUAAGCACUUGUGGAAGAGAAACGAAACUAUUGAUUUGAACAUGUAACUAGAGAUAGCGCAGUAGCCAAUGGCUGUAGCUGCUGGGAAGAUGAAGGUUACCAAAUUUGAUGAGUGCAGCGAAAAGGACCUUGAGUUCGAGCCAGAACCGGAGCCGCGCCCGAACUCACGAUGUCCAGAUGGAGGCUGGGGAUGGGUGAUAGUGUUCGCCUCAUUUAUGUGCAAUGUGAUAGUUGACGGAAUUUGUUUUACAUUUGGACAGUUUGUCCAGGACAUUAUAAGUUAUUAUGAUGCUGGCCAUUGGAAGGCAACACUCGUGGGGUCUUUGCUGGUGGGCUGUUACCUGUUGGCCGGUCCAAUUGGUGGCGCCCUUGCCAACAGAUUUGGGUGCCGUAAGGUGACCAUAUUCGGGGCCAUUCUGGCAUGCGCAGGGUUUCUCAUCAGCAUGUCGGCUCCCUCAAUAGAAAUCCUCGUUCUGACUUAUGGCAUAAUUGCUGGAGCAGGACUUGGGUUGGUCUACUUGCCAGCUAUUGUAAUCAUCGGGUACUGGUUUGAACGUAAGCGCGCGUUUGCGACUGGUAUAGCACUUUGCGGCUCUGGAAUCGGUACCCUGAUCUUCGCACCUCUGAACAAAUAUCUCCGUGAGGAAUACCACUGGAAACAGUGUACAAUGCUGGUGGCAGGGAUCGUAUUACAGUGCGUCAUUUGUGGUGCACUGUUCCGUCCACUAGAGCGACCCACAGUGAAACGUAUGAAGCGGGGUGUCGUACAAAGGGGUUCCAUUAUGAAGGCGCUAAUUUUAGAGAAGGAACGACAGCGCACUAUAAGCAAUGGCUCGCUUGACAAUUGUAUUAUUACAAAAGACAAUAGACUGAUAAAAAUAGAUAAAAUAGACUUGCGGAACAAAAGUUCUUCUUACAUCAACAGACUCAAGGAACAUUUAGGCUACAGCUCGCGAAGUUUGCUUCGGAGCAAAAACAGUCUUAUUAUACACGGAACUGGACUUCCGAAUGGUAGUGUUAAUGGUAGUGCGUGUUCAACACCUCAGAGGACGGGAAGUUUUAAUUCAACUCCUCCUUCACUUAUGAUGCCCUCUCCAGAGACACCAUCAGACGAACCCAAAAAAGUGUCUCCUCAAAAAAGACGUAAGCGGGAUUACGAAAGGCGUUUGGAAAGGCGUGAUAGUGGCUGUGGAAGCCUCGAGUCUCCAAAGGCUCGGAGUUACGAUGCAUUGCCGCAGGACGAUCCCUGGGAAAAAUUGUCCAAGGAGGGGUCUUUGAAUAUUAAGAGCUUGAGCUCAAACACUCUUAACAGUCAAGGUAAUGUUAGUCCUACAACGACGAACAGUAAAAGUGGGAGUUUUUACAAUGUCUCCGACAGUAACGGAAAUUCUCGAUCUCAAUCAAACAAUCAUCUCCUUCCACCACAGUGUAUUUUGGGAUCAUCUGUGAUGACUGUGCCUCCACAGUACAGUGCAAGCGUGCAGACAAUCGAGAACUACGAAGAGAGAGACAUACCUGUCUGGAUACAGAGUCUGAGUACUAUGUUUGAUCUGUCGUUGUUGAAGGAAAAGGCUUUCGUAAUAUACGCAAUAACAAGUUUCCUCAACAUGCUUGGUUUCUUCAUUCCUUAUUUUUUCUUGCCCGAGAAAGUCCGUAAUAUGCCUAAAGAGAACAGCUCAACACCUGACCCAGAAUCCUUUGUCCUGGCUGUGAUCGGUCUGUCCAACACUCUGGGGAGGGUCCUGGUGGGGUGGAUUGCUGACAGACCUUGGGCGAAUUCCGUUUUGAUCAACAAUUUCAGUCUCGUAUUGGCUGGUGUUAUUACAAUCCUGUGUCCAUUUUGCACCACAUACUCACUGAUGAUCCUGUUCUCUUGUGGAUUUGGUCUUACAACAGCGGCCUUCCUAUCGUUGCGUUCCAUUGUCCUGGUGGAUUUGAUCGGCCUGGAGAGACUGACCAGUUCCUUUGGUUUACUUAUCUUGUUUCAGGGCAUUGCCUCAAUCCUUGGGUCACCACUGGCUGGUUGGCUUAUGGACGCCACAAACCAUAUUGACUCUGUGUUUUACAUGUCGGGAAGUCUGCUCGCAUUGGCAGGAAUUCUGGGAUAUCCUUUGAUGCGGAUGAAACAUCGCCCACAAGAUUUACCUCUCCAGCAGGAGGACCUUGAGCAGUAUGGUGAUGUGUCUCAGGCACAGAUUGAGUAUGUGAAACUUGGACAGAAAGAAACAGCAAUGUGAUUGUGUUGUAUGUUCCCGGCCACCAGGUGGCGUUGUUUACUGCGAUUUGCUUGUGUUGAAUUUCCAAAGAAUGGAAGAAGACAAAAGAUGCUAGUCUACUUAGUCGAGUCUGUGAGAAUGUUUAGCUGAAUAACGUUAACUCAAAUUAUUGUGAUCAUCAGGGAAACAGAGAGUAAAAAAGGCGAAGAAAUACAGGGAUAGAAAUGCCAGAAUGAAUAAAAAGUUGUUGACUCUUGUUGCUAUGGAAACAUAAUACAGUGAGGGAAUACAAACUCGUUUAGUCAAAUAUAUUCCCAUGGAAACUUAUAUACUUGAAAAGUGCUAGAUAAAAUCUGAACAUGCUUUGAGUAUUGCCAUGGAGAAAUUUCUGGUACAUAGAAGUACCAGGGAUGAUGACUAUCGGUAAAAUACCGAACAAUUUUGUGUCAAACAAUUUGUGUUUUGUAUGUAUGCUGCAUAGGGCUGUAAUUCUGUGACAUUUCUUGUUACUCUGGUACAAGAGAAAGACAUUGGUUUGGAACAGAAGAAAUAUGGAGACUUACCGUGGCAUCAUGGUUAUAAAUAGAUUAGAUAACAUUAAAAUGUCAUUUUAUAUGUGUACAUACAUAACAAUAUGUAUUAACUUUGACCUCUUUGACAAUGUAUGAACUUUGACCUUUAUACCUCUCACAGAAGAUCAAAAAUGGACGCCAUGUUUAAAUGUAUGUUGACUGUUAUGUAAGAGGUGUGCUUGAAGAUACUGUCAACAGGCGGAGACACAUUUUUAUUGAGGUUAGACAUAUCAACUUUUGAAUAUUUUUUUUCAUAGUUGAAAUGUUAUUGCGUCACCUCUGAGUUUAAAGGUCAAAGGUUAAUUAUGCUUACGGCAGGGAACUUUUUUUUCAUUCGUCUGGUGCUGCUGCACUUGGGUCAAGGUUAAAAGGUCAAGAUUCAUAUUGUUUUGGAAUAAAACUAGUUGUGAUGUUAACUGUCAUGUGACCUCAGGUUGAGAGUGUUGAUGAAUGGGAGAACUCCAGGAUGACCUAAUUUAAACCCGAUAUGUUAUUUUGUAGGAUUUUCACCAGAAUUUCAUUUAUAUUGCUUUGAGGUUAUAAAAAAAUUAAACAGAUUUUUUUUUUUUUUUCAAAAAUUUAUCAGUCCUUUUUCUCUUUAAGAUCUUAACCUAUAUAUUCACUUUAAAAGGUUUCAGUUCAAAAAUAAUCAGCAGGCAACAUAUGUUGAUGUGAUCUUUAGGAUACUGCUUUGAGGAAGAGGAAACUCUCAGCUGAGUAUAGUCUCAAUAAGUGCUAUAGUAUUAGUUAGUAAGGUGCUUUGUAGCUUUUUGAUAACAUUUUAGAGAUUUUGAUAUUUGAUUGGAAUUGUGGCUUGCGAUUUCUUUAGUAUCUCAAUUGCUUUAAUGGAUAAAUUUUGAUAGCUUGACUUUUUGAAAUUUUGAACUUCUUUUUUUUUUUGAUCUGUGAAAAUAUUUUAAUUUUUAAUAUUUUUGGAGACAAUGAAGAAAAAAAGUGUGGAAAAUUUAUUGACUCUAAAAGUAAAGAACUUGUUUUUCCUCCAAUCAUGUAUCGAAAUUUAGGUUUCCAUUUAUACGUUCUGUAGAUGUUUUUACAUGUUCAAACUUUAUUAUGUUCUCUAUGUAAAUAUUCCCUGAAGGUGAAGCUUAGAACAGAAGGUCAGGGCUAUGGAGGCUUUCAGCACAAAAUACAGUGCCUUUUGUGAUGUGAAAAUGUGUCUGUGCAGAUUGUUGGUUGUCUCUCUGGUAUAAAAUAAAUGGGAGAUGUUAAAAACAUAUAUUGAAGUUGGGAAGACAAUGUUUUAAGUUGGAAGGAAUUUUUUUUAAUUUAUUAUGACAAUGUGAUCAACCAGCAUUAAGCAGACACAUUUUUUCAUGCCAGGAAAAUGACAAAUGGAAAUCGUAAGGAGAAUGUUACAUAAUGUGACACUGGAAAAAUUCCAGAUGGAUUUACCGUGGAAUAGUGUUGAAUACCAAUGUUGAAUUUUCACUGCAUGUAAUGCUUAGGUCACGCUAGACCAUCCUGGUAAAUGAUUUCAAGGGAAAUAACUCCGUAAUACAUCAUCCAUACUGCAUAUGGUAGCAUAUGUACUGAAAUUGUAGACUUGCACUUGGUAAAAUAUUUUGUAAUUGAUAAGACACACUUUUCCAUUGAUAACAUUUCUUGAGAAAGUCUACUCUAAGCGAUUUCCAGUCUGUCGUGAUAGUUAAGAAUGAAAAACAAUUUGAAUUGUUAUUGAAUCUGUUAAAGUGUUUGGAGAACUGAUUUUGCACAUAUGAACUUGUAUGUAUGUUUGUGUGAAGGUGUUGUGCGGACUCUGAUACCCGUAGAGUCAAAAAAAUACCUUAUAGAAUAUAUCUAUAUAUAUAAAUAUAUAUAUCUUUUUAAAAUAUAUUAUUCUGUAUGAUGAUUAGCAUAUUCAUGAAUUCUGUUAUUCAAUUUAGUAAGGAAAAUAAAUGUCACAUGACUUCAUAUGUUUUGCUCAUGUGGCAAUUUUUACGCCCCGCUGACCUUGAGAGGUUAGUAGGAUGGCUAUUGGACAUGACCUGCCAACAUUAAGGUCAAAGGUCACUGAGAGUGGAGGAUAUUUUGAUCGCCAUACUACUUAGAGUAGUUACAAAGUUUCUAGGCUGUUUAUGUAAAUGUUGUUUUGGUAUCAGUACGGUGUUACUAAGCAUGUUUAUUUCAUAUGUUGUAUUUCAUUUGUAUAGUGUACAGUGCUAUAUUGAUAUUAUAUAGAAUCUGGUCACAAUCCAAGAGUUCUACAUAAAACUUGGGCUCAUUUCGACUCCAUUGAGAUCUUCUUUGGCACUAAAUUGAUAUAUUUUUGUUUUGAAAAGAAGAUACUUUUUGUUCUAAAGGCUGAACUUAUAACUGUCCUGUUGUAAAGAUUACUCAUGCCCAAGGAGGAAUUAUGUAAAUUAAUGAAUUGUGACAAAAUUCAACUUUAUUUGAAAAAAAAAUAUCUUUGAAAUCUUUCCUGUUGGCUUAUAAGUGUGCUAGGCUGAAGGCUAUUUUGUUUGUGAUAAGAAGGAUGGGAGAUUUGUGCUGAUAUUGUUUCUCUAUACCUUUAAACAUUAUUUCUUGUUUAUUUUUGUUUGGAUUGAAGGCCAGAAAACUUGAGUAUGAAUGUUGUUUGUUUUAACCCUUUAAUAGUGUUAUUUGAGUUAAGAACAUAUUUUUAUGCUGCAUCACUUCAUUAUGCUUGUUUCCAUGGCCUUGUGAAAAUGAUACCAGCUAUUCCGUGUAUUUGAACAUAUGGGCUUGACCUAUAUAUAUACAAGUAAACAAAUAUACAUAUUUCUCGUUUAUCUGUUAAUCUGAGAAAAUUGCAGUUGAAUUAUGUUUUGAAAGCUCAAAUAGGAGUAAUAUGUUUUUCGGACUUUAAAGUAUUGUAUAAAUCUUGUCAAGAUUGUUGUACCCAUUAUAUACUUUUCAUUAUUGUGUUAUUAUUGGAUUCCUACCCUCUCUACCACUAUCCCCACCUUAACCUGGCCCUACCUCACCCAUCCCACCUGGACACGCCCCUAAACUCCACCCUUACCCUCGCCCUCACGUCUCUACAAUUACCUGGCCUGAAUCACCUUACCCUCAACCCCACUUCCCCACCCCUAUCUGCUCUGAAUUCCCUUACCCUCGGCCCCACUUCCGCACCCCUCAUGGCCUCAAUUCCCUUGUCCUCAGCCCCACCUCCCCACCCCUAUCUGCUCUGAAUCACCUUACCCUCAGCCCAACUUCCCCACCCUACAUGGCCCAAAUCCCCUUACCCACAGCCCCAUUUGCCCAAAUCACCUUAAUCUCAGCCCCACUUCCCUGCCCCUACCUCUCCUCUGGAACAAUCUUCACCAAAUCAACGCAGGUGUUCACAUUUUCAAUAUCAUGUCAAAACGCACAGUUAUGUUAUUUUACGGUUAUUAUGUUAGCUAUGUGUUGUAGAAUGUGUCUGACUAUUGUGCAAGGGCCAAUUGUUUACAGGAAUAUGACAUUUCACAAGUCACUGAAUUUCUGAAUAGUUCUUAUGAAGUGGUCAUAUUUUUUAGAAUGUGAUUUUUAUCUUUUUAAAAAUAUUGAAAAUGCAAAGUUUCAAAUGUAAAAUUUGAAUAACAUUAAAAUACAUAAUGUUUUUCACGGAAACUUUAUGGUAAAAGAUAGUGCUACAUUUUGAAAAAAAUGGUUUCUUGUUUUUGCGUGUGGUAGCAUAAUAUAUAAGACUUUUAUCAUUUUCGUUUUCUUUUUAAAGUAUUUAAUUUUAUUUAAAGUGUAUUUAAUUAUUCCAAUAUGAAAUGGUCCUUGCAUGGCUUUUUGUUGCUUGAGAGAUCGAGUCGGUCACAUUGCAAGUAAGAGGUGUGUAAAGCUAAACAUGAUUGGUUGAAGUAUCUGUAUUUUUGAUUGGUCGGUUAUUAGUACCAUGGGCUACCAUUGGUUAGAAUCUGUAGUAUGAAGAGUAUUGUGAUUUCUGAUUGGUUAGUAUAGACAGGUAUGUUGUACGUGAUUUGAUUGGUGGAAUAUAUGUUUGUACAGUGUGAAUGGACUAAACAAUUGUAAAUUUAAGUUCCUUUUCUGGUGCUUGUAAACCAUGGAAACACAAAAUGGACAUUCGUCGGUUGUCCAAAGGUCAGGUUGACUCUUCCGCCCCUCCCUGUUACUAGCUCAGCCAAGUUCGAGUAGUAUUAUUCUUUGUAUUAAGGAUUCGGUCACGAUUUUUAUCCGGAAACACAUUUUUUCUAAGUAUGACUUUCCAGAAAGUGCGGAUCAUGUUUAUAAAGUGAAUGGAUCUGAUUUAGCAAAGGCCCAUUGUAAAGAAAAUCAAAUAUCUUCUCUUUUAUAUGUAUUUCUGUGUUGACCAAGUUUUCAUAAGCUGUCAAAAUUCUCAACCAGAAACAAACAGGUUUUACCCUUUCAGAAUAUAUUCAGAGAUAUUUCACUUCGACACGGUUGGACCGGGAAGGGUUGACUUCGGGUUGUGGUUCAUGAUAUUUGUAUCUCUAUUUUUCUUUAUGAUCAAAAAGUGUGGGUAUUAUUUGAAUUCAUUAUCAUUUAUCGGGAAUUAUUUUCAGAAAUUAAAAAAAUAAGCGAUUUUAGAAAUCGGCAUAAGGUGUAAAAUGGCUACUGUAAAAGGAUCCGUCACUCUGGAAUAAAUCAUGAAAUUGAUAUUUUGCUUUUAAUAACACCAUUAAAGUUUGAGAUUUAGGUAUAGAUCCUGCUGAAGCUAAAUUCCGGAAUACGAUUUAUGGGAACUUGUUUAACAGAGAAGGAAAAUCAUGCGAUUUGGUCACGUGUUUCAAAGUGGACAUGCAUGUAUUCGUAUAUUUUCUUCACGAAUGUAACAACCAUAUACAAAGUUGGGCUUUUUCGUGGGGCAUUUUCCAGUAACGGGGAUGAAGGAAUAGAGCCAUAUAUUUUCACCACUAUAAGUAAUAUUUUACUGUUCCAAAGCAGUGGAAUAAUUUUAGACAGUUUCGUUCAGACGAACCCAGAACAAGAUCUCGUAUUAUGCGACACAUCUGACUAACAUAGGGCAUUAAAGUUAGAUUGCAUUACGUUUAACUUCAAACCUGAAUAUUCCUUCAAAAUCGACUUUUAAAUGAUUAAGACCAGAAAUGGAGACGUUUUUGUCGUUUUGUUUUCUGAUUGGCCAGUAGAAUUAGUUAAAGAACAGAAUGACAUUUGAAGGUCGAUUGCAGAAAGAUGUUCCGGUUUGAAAUCGUUAUUUUCGUUGAUGGUUACGUAGUUUAUCGUCAAUACAUUCACGGACCAUUACUUACCUCGACCAUUCUCCUCUCACUUCACCAAUAAGUUUCGAGAUUUAUUUGAUUAUUCGGAAAUUUCAAUGACGCAAACUAUAAUGUCAGUAAGUUAUGGUGACACUUAUUGUUGUCUUUGGUAGAUAGGACGGUCACCUUCGGUAGAUAGGACGGUCACCUUCGGUAGUAGAUAGGACGGUCACCUUCGGUAGAUAGGACGGUCACCUUCGGUAGAUAGGACGGUCACCUUUGGUAGAUAGGACGGUCACCUUCGGUAGAUAGGACGGUCACCUUUGGUAGAUAGGACGGUCACCUUCGGUAGAUAGGACGAUCACCUUCGGUAGAUAGGACGGUCACCUUUGGUAGAUAGGACGGUCACCUUUGGUAGAUAGGACGAUCACCUUCGGUAGAUAGGACGGUCACCUUCGGUAGAUAGGACGGUCACCUUCGGUAGAUAGGACGAUCACCUUCGGUAGAUAGGACGGUCACCUUCGGUAGAUAGGACGAUCACCUUCGGUAGAUAGGACGGUCACCUUCGGUAGAUAGGACGGUCACCUUCGGUAGAUAGGACGAUCACCUUCGGUAGAUAGGACGAUCACCUUCGGUAGAUAGGACGAUCACCUUUGGUAGAUAGGACGGUCACCUUCGGUAGAUAGGACGAUCACCGUCGGUAGAUAGGACGAUCACCGUCGGUAGAUAGGACGGUCACCUUCGGUAGAUAGGACGAUCACCUAUCAGGUUAUAUUGUUUGAAAUGUUUUGAAGUCCUAUUCCCUUAUUCGUAUUAGGUUUUAAAUAGUUUUAUCGAGUGGCAUUCCUUACGAAUGUAUUUUUUUUUGAAAAGGAUAAAAGUCACCACAAAAUUCAAAAUUGAUGGAAACAUCUUCAAUCCGUGUUGGGCACUCAUAUGGCAAUAUAGGUCGAACAACUAAAGAAAUUGGCAUUAGUUACUGAUAUAUUUUUGCAAUUAUUGUAAUAACAAGCGCUUAUUGAUUAUUUCGUGACUUUUAACUAAAGGCAGUUGUCGGUUCUUUUUGAUACCAUCGAUUGAAAAGGAGUAUUUGGGAGAGAAAUAGUUUCGUUGAUAUUGGUGUCCCAGCUUAAUUUUAAUCGCGCCACUUAAUCGUGAAUUAUGUGUUCUUUUGGGAUAUUGUAUCAUUAGAAUUACGUUUUAUAUAUAAAAAAUGCUAUAAUCGUGCCAUGUGCUGGGAAUGGGACAAUUAAAACAAAUUCUAUACAGAAAGAUUUCGGUGAUAUAACCAUAACGAUUUUGAAUUCUUUUCUAUUUUGGUUUUUGCCUGGAUUUCAUAUCAAAGGUUCUAUAAGUUCUCAAAGAUAUUUUUUAAUUAUAAUACAGUAUUAUUUUUUUAAACAGCAAAUGUGUAUGACAAUAUUUUCUCAUCAAAUCAGUCGUUGUAGAACAGUGUACUUUCGUACUUACAAGAGUUCUUUUAUCAGUCCUGUCCACCCCUCUCUGGUAUGAUUUGAACUCUUCCUUUGGAUCAGUCCAUUAUGCUAAGUCAUUAUACCUAGAUACCAAAGUAGUUGAAUACUAACUUCAAAGGAAACUCUCAAGUACUUGUCUUUCACGAUUGUGUCUGAACUAAAGAAACUCUUAACUAAUUGUUGAGCAGAUCGGGUGUUCCGAACUGCAGAGGUCUGUCAUUUUUGAGCAGAUCGGGUGUUCCGAACUGCAGAGGUCUGUAAUUUUUGAGCAGAUCGGGUGUUCCGAACUGCAGAGGUCUGUGUGAAGGAUGAAAUCGAAAUGUUGCGGCCCAAUUAACUUUUGUUACUAUAAGGGCAUGUGUAAAAGUUGGAUACAGUACUCCCCGCCAGUUGGGUUUACUGUGCUGUAAGUUUUUCAAUUUUUAACAAUAGGUGGCGCUCAGGUAUAAUAUAGAUGGCGCUUUUCAUUCAGAAAAUACAAACUUAUUGUCAAUCAUGUUUCAAGUUUCAUUGAGAAAUAAAACGUUUAAAUGA